AUGCUGCUCACCAGCUCACAGCUCCACCACCACAAGAACCACCACAACCACCACCACACAGCUCCAACCACCACACAGAACCACCACCACCACAGCUCAACCACCACAAGAACCACCACCACCACAGCUCCAACACACACCAAGCUCCAACACAAGAACACCACCACCACAGCUCAACAACAAGCCACCACCACAGCCCAACCACCACAAGAACCACCACCACCACAGCUCCAACCACCACAAGAACCACCACCACCACAGCUCCAACCACCACAAGAACCACCACCACCACAGCUCCAACCACCACCAGAACCACCCCACCACAGCUCCAACCACCACAAGAACCACCACCACCACAGCUCCAACCACCACAAGAACCACACCACCACAGCUCCAACCACCAAAGAAGACCACCACCACCACCAGCUCCAACCACCACAAGAACCACCACCACCAACAGCUCCAACAACAACCACACCACACAAGACCAACCACAGCCCAACCACCACAAGAACCACCACCAACCAGCUCCAACCACCACAAGAACCACCACCACAGCUCCAACCACCACAGAAACCACACCACCACCACAGCUCCAACCACCACAAGAACACCACCACCACAGCUCAACCACCACACCACCACCACCAGCUCCAACCACCACAAGAACCACCACCAACAGCUCCACCACCACACAGAACCACCACCACCACAGCUCCAACACCACAAGAACCACCACCACCACAGCUCCAACCACCACCAAAGAACCACACACCACCACAGCUCCACCACCACAAGAACCACCACCACCACCACAGCUCCAACCACCACAAGAAACCACCCCCAGCUCCAACCACCACAAGAACCACCCACCACAGCUCCAACCACCACAAACCACCACCACCAAGCUCCAACCACCACAAGACCACCACCACCACAGCUCCACCACACAAGAACACCCACCACCAACCACCACGCCAAGCUCCAACACCACAAGAACCACCACCACAGCUCCACCACCACAAGAACCACCACCACCACCACAGCUCCAACCACCACAAGAAACCACCACCACAGCUCCAACACCACAAGAACCACACCAGACCACCAAGACCACACACCACCACCACCACAGCUCCAACCACCACAAGAACCACCACCACCACAGCUCCAACCACCACCCAAAAUAUCAGUCGACUCGGCAGACGCUUCCGAACCAGCGAGCCCAACCCAACUGCCGUCGUCCCGCCGUCAUGCAGGGUCGCCACGUGGCUUCCCGCGCGUCGCCGAGGGCCCUCGCUCUCCUUCCUCAGAAAUCCGCGUGAUCAGACGCAACCAUAUCAAAAGCUCGAGUGUCUUUCACAACAUAACUUUUAG